AUGAAGUACUCCGUCGCUGCUAUCGUCGCCGCCGCCGCCACUGGCGCCAUGGCUGGUGCUCACCACAACGGCACUGUCGUCACCGAGGUCGUUGACGUCUUCGUCACCUACUGCCCUGAGCCCACCGAGAUCACCCAGGGUACCAAGACCUACACGGUCACCGAGCCCACCACUCUGACCAUCACCGACUGCCCUUGCACCAUCACCAAGCCCGUGAUCCCCACCAGCACUGUCGUCUGCCACGACUGCCCUCCCCACCAGAACACCACCGUUCCCCACGUUCCUGGUGUUCCCGAGCCCACCGUCUCCCUCCCUACCACCCCCGAGGAGCCCGAGACCCCUGAGGAGCCCGAGACUCCUGAGGAGCCUGAGGUCACCCCCGUCCCUGGCGCCGCUGCCAAGGUCGCUGGCCUCUCCGGCCUGGCCGGUCUCGCCGGUAUUGCCGCCUUCUUCCUGUAA